AUAUACGAAAAGGGGGUUAGAAAUUUAUAAAAGAUGAGCCUGGAUUCUAUUUUCACUGAGAAAAUUUUGUCGAGCUCCCUAGGCUCUCUCGUUUUCUCUUCACUCCUCAUCUCUUCUCUUCCAUCGUUCACUUCUCUGCCCUAGCAGUGCCACCACGCACCGGCGACCUCGGCUCCAUUGCCGGCGAACUUCACGGCUGAGCUCUCGAUUUCGUCGUCGCAUUCUAAUUCGCAGCUCCCCCUGAAUUUCUUUCUCGGUUCGAAAUCUCGCUCAUCCUUUUUCGCUUUCUCGACAUGUUACACUGAGAGGUUAGACUGUGCUUCCCAGGGCCAUCCAUGGCACUCAUUUCGCAGGCAGGUUCAUCGUACUGCGUCCAGAGCGAGGUGAUACGGAGUAAAUCUGGACACAAUGCCAUUUUUAAUAUCGGAAGCAAUUUGGAGGCAUCCAGGGUGAAGGAUAAUUUUGUUGGUGCAUCUUCCUUGUCAUGUACUUUUGCUGCCAAGAAGACAAAUAUUUUGCAUCUAGACUGUGCACGGUUAGGCCGGAAACGAGGGCAUCAUGUGAUUGUCGCUGCAAGUCCUCCAACUGAAGAUGCUGUUGCUGCAGAGCCACUAACAAAAGAGGAUCUCAUUGCAUACCUAGCCUCUGGAUGCAAGCCCAAGGAGAAAUGGAGAAUAGGGACUGAACAUGAGAAGUUUGGUUUUGAGUUUGGCACCUUACGACCUAUGAGAUAUGAACAAAUAUCAGAGUUGCUUAAUGGGAUAGCAGAGAGAUUUGAUUGGGAUAAAGUAAUGGAAGGUGAUUAUAUUAUUGGGCUCAUACAGGGUAAGCAAAGCAUUUCACUGGAGCCAGGUGGUCAGUUUGAGCUUAGUGGUGCACCUCUUGAAACUUUGCAUCAAACUUGCGCUGAAGUCAAUUCACACCUUUAUCAGGUUAAAGCUGUUGCUGAGGAGAUGGGAAUUGGAUUUCUGGGGAUUGGUUUCCAGCCUAAAUGGGGACUUAAAGACAUACCCGUGAUGCCAAAGGGAAGAUAUGAAAUUAUGAGAAACUACAUGCCUAAAGUUGGCUCACUGGGACUGGACAUGAUGUUCAGGACAUGCACCGUACAGGUUAAUCUAGACUUCAAUUCAGAAGCAGACAUGAUCAGAAAAUUCCGAGCUGGUCUUGCUUUGCAGCCUAUAGCAACUGCUCUGUUUGCAAACUCGCCAUUCACUGAAGGAAAGCCAAAUGGAUUUCUGAGCAUGAGAAGCCAAAUUUGGACAGAUACUGACAAGGAUCGAACUGGCAUGCUUCCUUUUGUUUUUGAUGACUCGUUUGGGUUUGAGCAGUAUGUUGACUAUGCACUUGAUGUUCCAAUGUAUUUCGUUUAUCGGAAAAAGAAGUAUAUUGACUGUACUGGAAUGACCUUCCGGGACUUUUUGGCAGGAAAGCUUCCUUGUAUCCCAGGAGAACUGCCAACGCUAAAUGAUUGGGAAAAUCAUUUGACGACAAUAUUUCCUGAGGUCAGGCUUAAGAGAUACUUGGAGAUGAGGGGUGCCGAUGGAGGGCCUUGGAGGAGAUUAUGUGCUUUGCCUGCGUUUUGGGUAGGUUUGUUAUAUGACGAGGUUUCCCUACAAAACGUUUUGGACAUGACAGCUGAUUGGACCCCUGAAGAAAGACAAAUGUUGAGGAAUAAGGUCCCAAAGACUGGUCUGAAGACACCAUUUCGGGACGGAUAUCUCCGGCAUGUUGCAGAAGAUGUUUUACAUUUGGCAAAGGAUGGCUUGGAGAGGAGAGGUUUUAAGGAGUCAGGAUUCUUGAAUGCAGUGGCUGAGGUUGUUAGAACAGGUGUCACUCCCGCUGAGAAGCUACUGGAGCUAUAUAAUGGAGAAUGGGGACAGAGUGUAGAUCCUGUUUUUGAGGAGCUACUCUACUAAGGUCAAUAAGAUUCUUGUGCGCUUCUGUAGGGACCUUUUGUGUGUAGACCUCAUUGAUUUUCAGGUGUAACCCUUGUUUCUAUUUUAAGCUGCUUUUGAUUUGUGGUUAGGCUAGAGAGAGAUGCAUCAUCUCAUGGGAAUAAAAUGUAAAGUAAAUACUAAAUUUUACCCUUACUCCAAGGCUUCUCAUGCAAUGGUCAUUGAUGAAUAUGCGGAGAUACGUUCUUAGAUUACAAAAUAAAUGACUAUUGAGUACCCAACCCUCAAAAGAUUUUGAUCCAAA